GCAACAGCGUGAUCUGCUGGUCUGGUCCCUCCCUCGCUCACUCCACCCCAGCGGAGCAGCAGAGAAAGAGGGAGUUAGUUUACAUUAUUGAAUUUGCUGAAUCUCCUCAGUCUACUUUUUGUCUUUACUUUCAUUUUGCCUCUAAGCUGCAUUCAUUUGUAUCUAAUUUUAUGACACCAUCGCAUUCACUGGUGAUUUGGACACUGUCACAAUUACGACCGACAGGUCAGUGAGUAUCAGUAGAAAUGGAGGACGGGACUUUACUGCAGAACAUGCGCCAAGCGCCCAAACCAAGUACACCUGUGCUUGUCAUAUCCAAACUCAUCAUGACUGCCUUGCCAGUCGCCCAGAUCGUAAUAGGUGGUAUGUUCCUGGAGAACUGCCCCCAGCAGCGCUAUAUCCCCAUCUACCUGGUGGUGACGGGGGUGUUUGCCCUGGCCCUGGCUGUCCUGUCCUGCCUACCCUGCACCAGGGAGCAGGCUGAGGGGGAGCAGCAGAGCCCUCUCAGCAGCCUUUGUACCGCCUGGAACUCUCUGGUGUCACUAUUCCUCUUCUGCUGGUUCAUAGCGGGCAACGUGUGGAUCUACUCUAUAUUUCCUGCCAACUAUAACGAAGCAGAUGCUCUCCACUGCAACAGAACCCUGUAUCUGUUUGCCUUCUGGACCACCACCCUGGUGUACAUCUUCCUGGGCAUGCUCCUGGUGGGGGGCUGCUGUGUGCUUAUCUGCAUGUGUCUGUGUGGUGGAAGGGGGCUAGGCUCGAACAGUGCCGACGUCUGAGGGGGAGGCGAGGGGUGCAUAUCUGGGUUCAAAUAGUAUUUGUUUCCUUGCAAAUGCUUUAGCUGUGCUUAAUUGAGCUUGCAUGACACAAUGGAACCGAUGGAAUAGUCCCAAAAGUACAAACCCUACCCAUCUGGCAAAAUCAAACACUGAAAAGUAUUUGAAGAAGAAAAACUAUUUGAACCCAGGUCUGUUUGGUGGGGAGGGCAUAGGGAUCAGGUUCUGUUCAGGAGGGCGUAGUGUUUCAGAACGUUCAGAUAUAUUUUGUAGAACAGAGAGUUGGAUUGUCUGUCAUGUUUGACAGGAUAUCAGUUGUUUAAUUCCUUACAUUUCCAUCUGCAAUGUUUUGAACAUUAAAUGUCAUCGAAUACACCUCUGUGGGAGGAGUCCUGGCGCUCAAGGAUUGUUCAACACACACUGCACAUUGCACUAGCAUUGUGAAAAAGUAUUAUCCGUACUGCCAUGCCUUCUAGCCUUUUGUACUCACGACCUGUCUGUGUGUGUCAAAGAAUCUGCUUCAUAUUACCGAAUGUACAUUGUUAAAUACUAAUGUCUCUGUAAUCUCUUUCUAGUCUAUUCUUUCUGUAUAUUCCAGCAUAAAUAUAUUUAAUCCACAUGUAAUAGUGCCUCCACAUGACUGAAUAUGACUGUAUAGAUUAGAAUUUCACCCCGUAGGCAUAAUGCACUGAGAAUAAAGUGACUGAUUGUUAUCUUUCUCAGUGUGCUAAAAUAA